AUGCCAGGUUUGGCGCGAAAGGUGCUGGUAUGCGCCGCGGUCGACGGCCUUAUCCUACAACCUCUCUACUCCAAGAAAGAUCAGCAACGCGCUUCACCUCUGGUCAAGAUCAAGUACGGCACUGCCUUGGUAUCGCAUACUUCCAAAGACUCAGUACCCGAACUAUCGAACCCCGACUCCUCCUUCGAAGCUUUUGGAAUUGUUGGCAUCCUUACCGUUUUCCGAUACAGCUACCUCAUCUCCAUUACCGGACGCCAGCAAGUCGCUCAGAUCCGCGGCCAGCCCAUCUAUGUCGUAACCGAAGUCGCCCUUACGCCGUGUACUUCACAAAGCGAUGCCGCCGAGGCUGUCGCCAAGACUUCCCUAGCCCUCAGCAACCGCGAGGCAGCUCACUCGGACGACGAUACGGCGAGCGAGGAUGACGCCCCGCGGGAUUCUGGCAGUAACGAUGAGGCCAUCGACGAUGUUCUGGAUCCGACCGAGGGAGAGGAUUCAGCGGGAGAAGCAGGCCCUAGUACCAUCGCCCGUAGCAGUGUCGCACAGGAUGUCAUUGCACGUCGUGGAAGCUAUGGUCGUUUUGCGAAAAGCUGGUUUAGUCGCUCUGGUUGGACCAUGGAUCAGAAGAGGAACAUGGGUCUCAGCGCAGAGCAGCUUGAGAGGGCCAAUGCCAGCAAGGCCGAGGCCAAGAAGGGCUCGGAUGCUGCGAAGCGCGUACCUCGCAAGUUCCCCUUGCCGAGCGAUGCCGUCGAGAACGAUUCGGCUGCAGUGAGCUUGUUGCCAAAGCUGCUGCGGACCACCCAGAUUCUGUUUGGCUCGAGUCGCACGUUCUACUUCUCAUAUGACUACGAUAUCACUCGUAGCGCAGCCAACCUGGCACCUGCUUCUAUACCCCUGGUACCGUUGGUUAACCAUGUUGACCCGACUUUCUUCUGGAACAAGAACGUCCUCCAGCCUUUCAUUGAUGCUGGUGUGGACUCUUUGGCUCUACCCCUUAUGCAGGGUUUUGUAGGCCAACGUACGUUCACCGUCGACAGCAGUCCGCCGCAGGUCGAUGAUGCUGCUAAGGACUCGCUCGAGAUGAAGGACAUGGAUUGUGACAACAAAGCUGCGACUAAGCCAACUCCCACCGGUGCAGAAGGAGGCUCUGAGGAAACUCGCCCCACGGAGAAGAAGUUUGACAUUACGGUCAUUUCCAGAAGGUCAACCAAGAGAGCAGGACUGAGAUAUCUCCGUCGCGGUAUUGACGAAGGAGGCAACGUUGCCAACUGCGUUGAAUCCGAGCAAAUCCUCUCACCUGCUGAAGAGUCAUCCGAUCCCAGUGCCAAGAUCUACUCCUUUGUUCAGAUCAGGGGAAGCUUUCCAGUGUUUUUCACACAGUCCCCAUAUUCGCUGAAGCCAGCACCAGUCCUACAGCACUCACCCGACACAAAUUACGCGGCACUCAAGAAGCAUUUCGAAUGGCUCAGGCAGAAGUACGGGUUGAUGCAGUGCAUCAACCUUGUGGAAAAGCAUGGGGUUGAAGCGCCAAUAGGACAGCGAUACGAGGAGAACAUCAAGCGACUUAACGAGGAAGAAUCGAAGCCCGAAGAUGAUCAGAUCGCAUUCGAGUGGUUUGACUUCCAUCAUGUCUGUCGCGGGAUGAAGUUUGAAAACGUAUCGGUUCUCUUGGAGACUUUGGGCCCCCGGCUUGAGAAAUGGGGAAGCACAGUCAUGGUGAAUGGUCAGAUUGAAAGUCAACAGGUUGGUGCCUUCAGAACCAACUGCAUGGAUUGUCUUGAUCGCACCAACGUUUGCCAAAGCUCUUUUGCCAAGUACAUGCUGGACACGCAGCUCAAGGAGCUAGGCUUCGAUAUGAACUUGCAAAAGGACCAGGAGAACGCUUGGUUUAACACUCUCUGGGCUGAUAACGGAGAUGCAAUCUCCAAGCAGUAUGCCUCCACGGGCGCAAUGAAGGGUGAUUACACGCGGACACGGAAGAGGAACUACCGCGGAGCUUUGACCGAUGCCGGCUUGUCUUUGACUCGGUUGUUCAACGGCAUGUUCAACGAUUUCUUCCUCCAGACAACCAUCGAUUUCCUCCUGGGCAAUGUGACCUCCCUAGUGUUUGAAGAAUUCGAGGCCAACAUGAUGACCAAGGAUCCGGCAAUGUCCAUGCAGAAGAUGCGGGAGCAGGCUAUUGAGCUUUCACAGAAGCGAGUUAUUGCCGACGAGUCCGAAGAGUUCAUAGGUGGCUGGACUCUCCUGACGCCAAAUGUGCCCGAUACUAUUCGCUCUUCCUCGUUCGAGGAAGCAGUCCUCUUGCUCACCGAUAAGGCUCUGUAUCUUUGCCGGUUCGACUGGAACCUCGACAAGGUCUCCUCAUUCGAACGCGUCGACUUGGCCCAUGUUACCAAGAUCAAGUUUGGCACGUACAUCACCUCGACGAUCUCAGCUGCCCAGGUCGAUGAGAUGCGUAACGUAGGACUUGUCGUCGAGUACAAGCCUGGCGCCACAGACAUCACCCGAGUCAACACGCGCUCACUAUCCACCUCGGUGUCCGGUGCGUCCAAGAUGGGCCGCGAGCCAACUUCUGGUAUCGAUGCCUCGGAAUCGGAACUUCAGGCGGCGAAGGAAGCUGCCGCUGCUGUCGCCGAAGAUAAGCCGGCACCUGCCACAGCCCCGAUAGCUGGUAUUGCCGAAGGCAUCGCAGGGUUCUUCACUCCCCGCCCUCAGGAACCGCAGGCCCGCAAGGUUGCCCUCAAGGCGCUUCACAGUAUCACGUCGGCAGCUGACCCCAUGGCCAAGAGCAAAGACGACGAGCCGGGGCCGAUCACAAGACUGUCUGAGAUGCAGCAAGUCAUUCUCAUUGCCUCUGAGAUUGAGAGACUUGCGAUCAGGAGUCAGCCUAAGCUUCAGGCCAAGAAGGACGGUGAGUCCGGGCUGAUCGAGAAGGGGACAUCAUCUCUUUGGCAGAUGCGAAGAAGAAUACCGGGCUGUUGGAGCAACUGGGACAUUCUCUCAAGAAGAUGGUUUGGGCUUGAUGUACGUUGUUCGAGAGGGUUAUAA